AAGAGCUAAGUUAGUAAAUGGAGCUGAGAAAGGAGAGCCGAGGGCUUCAGGAGCUCGCGGAGAACAUGGCCCACACCCGUGUGGAGCACCGCGCCGAAACCAAAUAGAGAAGAGCGUUUAAAGAAGAUUAUAAUGGAUGUAUCUGUAUUUUUAUUGGAGCUGCUGGCGCUGUGUGUCGGGGCGGUGAGAGGAGCCUCUUUCUACGGUGAUGGAUUUGUGCAGUUAAAAGCAGAGGAGUCAUCCAGACACAACACGCUCCACGUCCGCUUCCGCACCUCCAGCCAGAGAGGUGUACUGUUCCUCGCUGCAGGGCAGAGCGAUUAUCUGCUGCUGGAGCUGACCUCUGGCCGGCUGCAGGCAAAGUUGGAUCUUGGCUCUGGAGAGCGGAUUCUACACUCAGACAGAGGGAACCCGCUGAAUGAUUUGGCUUGGCACACAGUAGAUCUUGCCCAUGACCGCUACAAUGUCAGCCUGACUGUGGACAAACAUUUUCAGAUUAGCGAGAGACUACCAGCCCCUCAACAAGAGCUCAAUAUCAAGGAUGGUCUUUAUGUUGGAGGAACAGGAGGACUGGAUAAGGUCUAUCUCCCUAGUGAUCUCACUGGCUUCCGAGGUUGCCUUGAUGAGGUCUUAUUUAACGAACACAACCUCCUGUCAUCACUAAGGCCCUAUUCUGGGUUAAAGAAUGUCUAUGAAGUUUCCCUUGGUUGCAGUCCUCAGUUCUUUGCUAAUGAGGAGGAUCCGAUCAGCUUUUUCAGCUCCAGGGCGUACGUCUCCCUGCCUCCUUGGUCGGCACAGCAGGAGUGGACUCUUGAAUGCUCUCUGCAUACCUCAGCUCAAGAGGGAAUCAUUAUGUACAAUUCUGCUAGACAGGGGGACUUUGUUAGUGUGGAAAUUCAAGAAGGUUUACUGGUUGCUGCGGUGGGCAGAGAUGGGAUAAAAACAGAACUCCGCUCCCUGACAUUCAUCAACGACAAGCGGUGGCACUCUGUCAAACUUUACUUUACUUCCAAAAGUUUGCAACUCACCAUCGAUGGGGAAAAUGUGAAGUCCAUCAUCAGCUCCAGAUCAAAAACCCUACAGCUAAAAGGCUAUCUUUUCCUUGGGGGAGUUGACGACAGCACUCGCUCAGAGGUCAGAAAGGUGGGCUUGUCUUCAGUUGCUGGGAAGCGCAUUAAAGGUGGCUCCUUCAAAGGAUGCUUCAAAGACAUCAAGGUCAAUGGUGUUCCAACAGGGCUUCCAAAUGCUGUUGUAACCAAAGACAUCUCUGUUGGUUGUGAACCAGAGAAGGAACCUCCUGAGAUUGCCACAACCCUGAGCCCAACGACUGUGCCACAAACCCUUGUUGGCUCCUUCACUGAAUUGCCACCUCUAGAUGUGUCCACUCUCGCAAAGGGUCUUGUCAAGAAGUAUGGACAGAACUUCCUACAGCUGAGGAAUCUUGUUGUUCCAGAGGGUGGUCGUGCAUCCCUGGAUUCUAAACAUAUCAAAGUCAACUUGGAAUUCAAGAAGCUUGGCAUUCGACAGUCCCAGAUCAUGUUCAGAAUCGAAGAGCAGCCAGUGCACGGUCAGCUCAGGUUUGAUGUAGAUCCAGAGCAAGAAGAGAACACAUUCAGUAUGCUGGAUCUGUGGCACAGCAGAGUGAUGUACAUUCAUGGAGGCUCUGAAGAUCCACGGGACUACUUCAUGUUCUCGGUCUUCUCCAACAGCAGAAAAGAGACACCAAGCUAUCUCAAAGGACACAAGUUGUACCGAUUUAACGUCACGGUGACCCCAACCAACGAUGCUCCUGAAUUGAGCCUACCUGAAGGAAAUCUCUUCAUUCUGCUUGAAAAUUCUAAGAAAAAAGUCACCACAGAUGUCCUGAAAGCCAAGGAUGUUGACAGCAACUUAUCAGACUUGGUCUAUUAUGUUUUAGGAAAUCUCAAUGCUGAUGCUGGCUUUCUGGAAAAUGAGGAUAACCCUGGUCAUGCUAUAGCUUCCUUUCCUCAUUCAGCCCUGGAGGAUGGAAAAAUAAACUAUGUCCAUACUGGAGUGAGAAACUCCAGGAUAGUGUUGAGAGUUAGCGAUGGAGAGAAGGUUAGCAAUACUGUGGUUCUUCGAAUUAUGGCCAUUGCAUUGGAACACAGCAUUGUGAACAAUACAGGACUGGAAGUCACUCAAGGCGAAAUGGCUCUAAUAGGAACCACACAAUUAGCAGUACGGACUAACGCAGUGAAACAAGUCGUGGAAAUUCGUUAUGACGUCAUCGAGCCAGCAAGAUUUGGUGAGCUUCAGAGGCUUCAUUCAAGUGGAGAAUGGAAGUUCACCAAUUCUUUCUCACAGAGAGUUCUAGAGAAGGAUCGAUUGAGGUAUUUGAGCACCUUUGAGGGAGUUCAGUCAGGUAACGUCACUGAUCGCUUCAAGUGUAAAGUUACAAUUGGUGCAGCAGCAACAACAGAGCAACUUGAGUUUGCAAUAAAAAUCAAAUGGGUAAAUUAUACAGUAGAGAGAAAUGAAAUGAUUGAGAUGGACAAGAUUAGGAGAGUGGCAAUAGACUCGCAACAUCUCUAUGCAACAGCACAAGGUGUGAUCCUAGCGGAGGAUGAGCUUUAUUUUAGGAUAAUGACUUUAACAGAGAAAGGAAUGAUUUUGCUCAAUAAUGAGAAGUUACAGGAAAAUUCAACAUUCAGUCAAAUGGAUAUCACAAAUUUGAAAGUGGAGUAUCAACUCGUAGACAGGCCAUACAAGGACACAAGUGACCAGUUCGAAUUCCAGGUCUUCUCCAGACAUGCUCAUUCUGCCAGACAUGUUUUUAAAAUAAGCAUCAAGGCAGACGUCAACAGCAUUUACAUAAGAAACAAGGGACUUUCCAUUCUCGAAGGUGAGAGCAAACUCAUCAUAAAAGAUGACUUGUUUGCUGAGAGUUUAGUCACGAAGGAGAUGUACUACAGCGUCACGAAGAGCCCAAAACAUGGCAAACUUGCUCGAAUCAACCUCUCAAACUCAACCAAGGAUUACGACAGACUAGUCUCUUUCACCUCUCAGGAUAUCCUAGAGGAACGCCUUAUGUACGUUCAUGAUGGUAGCGAAACGACCCAAGAUCAGUUCACAUUUAUAGCUUCUAUUAGCCCAACACAAGUCAAGACAUCUGUGAUUGACGAUGAAGAGGUUGGGUCUAAAGAAGGCGUGUUCAACAUCUCCAUACAGUUGGUAAACGACGAAAAGCCUGUUCGCGUUGUGGAUAAGGUUUUCCACGUUGUCAGAGAUGGUCAGAGAUUGUUGACCCUGGAUGACUUGUGCUACCAUGAUGCUGACUCCAACUUCAGUGAUGGGCAGCUUGUCUACACCCGCCGUGGCAUCCCAAUGGGGGAUCUGGUGCUCGUCAAUGACACUUCUCACAAGCUCUACCAGUUCACUCAAGAGGAUCUAGAGCAGAAACGAGUGUUGUUCAUUCAUCGAGGUGUGAGCUCUGGCCGCUUUGUGCUGUUCGUUUCAGAUGGAAAGCACUACGUCUCUUCUCUGUUGGAUAUCAUCGCCCAGGACCCUUACCUAAGGAUCGACAAUAACACAGGCUUGUUGGUCCAGAAAGGGCUGGCCAAGACUUUCAGCCCGGCCAAUCUGAGUGUGGUUACAAAUUUGGAUAUCAGAGAAGACAGUGAAGUUACAUUCAAGGUCAAAGAUGCACCUCAACAUGGUGGCCUAUUUUUAAAAGAUGAGAAAGUUGAAUCCUUCUCCCAGCUUGAUCUAAAGAGCGGCUUGCUUUCUUAUCGCCAUGAUAACAGCAAGAAUUUGGCUGACUUUUUCACCAUCACAGCAAAAGCUAAAGGCUUGCGCCUGGAUGCCAGAGUCAGCGUGAAAGUGUACUUGGAAAGCCAUCAAAAGCCACCUGUUAUCCUUCAAAACAAAACUCUGUUUGUAGAGGAGGGCAAACCUGUGAAGAUUCAACGGAGUAAACUUGAGGUCACUCAUGAAGCUAAUUUACCUUCAGAAAUCGUCUUCACUGUUAAAGUUGCCCCUGCGUAUGGAUACCUGCGUGGUGUGGUUGACGACCAGUACCGGGGCACUGAGGAGAAACCUUUGAUGAACUUUACCCAACAGGACAUCAACGACGGAGCCCUCCAGUACGUACAGACAACCCCAGACCAGGUCAACGACUCUUUGCUUCUGGAUGCCAGUAAUGGAGUUGCAGACGUCAGUGAUAUCACUCUGUCUGUGGAUAUCAUCCCUCGCUUCAUUCCUGUUAAGGUCUCAAACAUCACUCUUAAAGAAGGAGCUUCUAAAGCACUCACAGAGAAGACCAUCAGAGUCAGUAAUCAACAUUUCACAGGGCUGCAUUUUGUGUACUACGUCUCAGAGGGACCCAUGCAUGGUCGCAUUGAGAAUUCCCGUUUCCCAGGGAUACCCACCACAUACUUUACCCGGAAACAGGUGGAGCAGGAGUUUAUCUACUAUGUUCACGACAACUCUGAGACACUAGAAGACCACUUCACUGUAAUAGCGAAUGACACAGAACUACAAAAAUACAGCACCCCCAGAACAGUGUACAUCCAAAUCAUACCCACCAAUGACGAACCUCCAGUUAUUACAGCCAACAAGGUCCUCAGGGUUUGGGUUGGCUCCAUCACAGAAAUCACACCUGAAGAUAUGAAUGCGGAGGAUGAUGACACGCCCCCAGAUCAGCUGAACUACAUCACCACUCAGCCCAGUAAUGGUCACCUCGCUCUGAAGAGUGCUCCCACCAAACCAAUCAUGAACUUCACCCAGGCUCACAUUGACCAGAGCCAGCUCAUAUUUGUACACAGUGGAGCCACAGCUGGAGGCUUUAACUUCCAGGUGAAUGAUGGUGUGAACUUUGCUCCACGGCAGAUAUUCAGUGUCACAGCUCGUGCCCUGGUCCUCCGUCUGGAAAGGAAUGGCCCUCUGAAAGUGUUUCCAGGCUCUUUAUCCACCAUUUCAAAAGAGGACCUCAGAGCAGUAACCAACGACGAUAAAAGCAACACAAACCGCACCAUUCGUUUCACUGUAGUUAAUCCACCAACACUGGGAAAACUGGUCAGUGUGCAGGCUGAUGAAUCCUUAACAGAGAUUUCAUCCUUCACGCAGGAAAUGCUGGAUAAAGAUGAGGUGGCGUAUGAGCACACAGUUGGCUCUGUGGAAUGGGUGUCUUUAGACAAGAUCACCUUCACAGUUUCAUCACCUCCUGCCAGCCUGGAUGCUCAAACCUUCGAUAUUGAGAUCUCUUAUGAGAACGCUGGACCUGAACGAAGCUCUCGUCUUCUUAAAAACACAGGUGCUGUCGUAACAGAAGGAGACAAAGUUGCCAUUGACAAAACAAUGCUGGACUCCUCCAAUCUCCUCACCAAGGAGCCCGAACCCCGUCGCAACUCCUAUGAUGUCUGGUACCAAGUCAAGUCCUUCCCUCUACAUGGCAUCAUCGUUGUGGGCGAGCGUAAUCUCACAAAGGAGAAGCCCUACUUUUCUCAGUUCAUCCUGAACAAGUACGGAAUCACUUACCAUCACGACAACUCAGAGACGACAAACGAUCGGUUUGUCUUUGAUGCUUUUCUCAACUUGAAGAGCAAACCUGCACAGCGCCCUCUAGAUGACAGUGAAGUGGUAGAGGAGGUGUUCAACAUCACUGUCAUUCCAGUAAAUGAUCAGCCACCUGUUCUGAAAACCAAAACCCCAAGCCUCAAAGUGGUCCAGGGGGAUUCUGUCGCAAUUGCGUCGAGCAACUUGAACGUGGUGGACUUGGACAAUGCUCCGGAAGAAAUCCUAUACUCUGUUAUCAGUAAACCCAGCAAUGGGUUCCUUGCUCUUGUGGAAAGCUUGAAUGUGUCUGUGGACUCCUUUUCUCAAAAGCAGAUCAACAAUGGUGAGGUUUUCUUUGUCCAAGAUGGCACUCCUGCAUCUGGGGUGUUCUAUUUUAGUGUCACCGAUGGCCACCAUCGACCGGUUUACAAGCUCUUUAACUUGGAAGUAAUGGAGAUAUCCAUUUCUCUCGUUAAUCAUACAGAGGUAAUGCUGGAACAAGGGAGAACUUCAGUGGAUCUCACACAGGUACAUCUAGCUGCAGUGACCAAUGGGAAAAACACUACUGUCCACUACAAAAUAACUGUACCUCCAAGACAUGGGAAACUUCUUUUGGACAAUGAAGAAGCUGAUGCCUUUAAUCAGGAGGAUUUGCAAGCACAUCGACUAAGUUACCAUAUGAUCGAUCUCAUGUCUUCUCAUGAUAGCUUUGAAUUCAUGGUCUUCACAUCAGAGGCAAACCUAACUGAUCAAAUAGUUAAUAUUACGGUCAAGCCUUUAGUCAGGUACGCAGAAAAUGUGGGAAUCCCAAAUGGAAUACGUUUCAAGUUCAAGGCAGCUUUUCUGAAUGCUUCUGAACUUGCCUCGAUAAGUGACAGUGAUCCACAGUUUGAAAUCCUAUCGCCUCCGAGGUACGGCAAGAUUAUACGCAAAGGAAACAAAGCAGAACAGGUGCGGACAUUUACGUUUAGUGAACUGCAGCAGGGAAGAUUGGCCAUUGAGGUCAAGGCUAACCUUACCGAAGUUCAAGAGGUGAACGACUCAUUCAGAUUUGUUUUAAAGGCCAAAAAUCUCCAGCCUGCAAUUGGGGAGUUCCCUUUCAAAAUAGUCCCAUAUGAUCCUUCUCUCAUGAUGACGAUGACAACAACAGCAAUUAUCCCAGCAUACACAACUACUACUCUUUUUCCCAGCCAAACCACUGCAAUAAGUUCUGCUUUGCUUUCCAUCUCUCCUACCAUUCAGCCUACGCAGAGGGUGACCAAGCCGGUCACCAAGUUCAAAGGUCGCAAUCGUUGGGGAAACUCGAACACUCACAGUGACUCACAGGGUACUACCACUAUCGUUAAACCAGAUCGCGGACCAGAGAUCACGCCAGGGAAGAACACUCCACUAAGGGUUGAGUCAGCGCCCCAGGGCAGCUCCUCCAACGCAGCGCUCAUCAUUCUACCACUGCUCGCUCUAGUACUUCUCAUAAUUGUUGUGGUGCUGGUGCUCCUCUUGAGACGAAAACAACAGAAGAAGCAGAAGCCUUGUAUCAAAAGUGCCUCAAUUCCAAUGUCCUCCUCUGAGGGCAGAAGCUAUCAAGGGCAUCAUUCAGAAAGGAGUGCAACAGUCCCCUUAGUGACGGUCACCCCUCUUAACCCAAGUAAUCCUGGUAGUCCAGCUCUAAUGAGACUCCAAACAAGCAGUGGAAAUUCUGCGUAUGGACAAUCUAUGGCUCUCUGCUCCUUUGGGGACCAGGAUCUUGAAACAUCGCAAUUCUGCAGGACCACUAACCCAACUUUACAGCACAAUCAGUACUGGGUUUGACGUGGUCAUGUGCUUUCCAAAGCUUUUCAAAGCUUCCUUUCCACUGUAGGGCUCCGUGGUUAUUACGGCCACACUGUGCCGGUCUGCACCAGCAUGGACUGUGAAAUAUGUGUGAAACGUCAUGGUUUCUGUUUCCAUCUGUAAUCAAGAAAAAUUACAGUGCAUCAGGAUUUGACACAAAGGGUCAAAGACAGACUUCUGUGAAUAUAUCCUAAACAUGUGGUGGUAGUUGCUGCUGCCAGUUCUGUUUGUAUGAGUUGGCAACAUGCACUGAAGGAUGAAAUGAAAGAGACCAGAUGGAGUUUUACAAAAGCAACACAACAUGAACUUUCUGGCAAUCAAAGCCAUCCCACACUAACAGUUCUGCUGAACAGAUGUGUAACCAUGUCCAGGUAGGAAUGCCUGUGGAACGGAUGCUUUACUUAUACAUCUUUCAGCCCUGAAAUUUAAAAUGAGAGACAUAUACAGUAUCUCUUGUGAGAACUGUGUUGCCAGAUCCUUCGUUUUUGUUGUUAUUAAUGAACAGUAGUUAUUGUAAAAUUUUAUUUAUGCAAAUACUUUUAAAAAAUGCUGCAACAUGUUACACAAACCACUGCUUGUUUUAGCUGUGUUAAGUCGCUGACAAAAGUGAAAAACACUAAAGGCUCAUUUAUGCUUCUUGUUAAGUAUUAACAGAUUUAAAUGAAGCUUUUUUUUUUGAAGGGGGCGGGAGGGGCAGUGUUGAAACAUGAACACUACCACAUUGUCACAAUAAAGACAAAACUUUGACAGAAAAGAAAGAAAAGGCAAACUAAUACAUAUCAGGUUGGUAAUAUUAGAUCCAUUGUUUCCAUUGGUAAAAUAUAUGUAUGCUGUAUUUUCAGAGCAACAUCUUACACAAAACAUUGUUUCUUUGAAGCCUCAAUUAUCUUCUGGUAGUGUCUGAACUGAAUCUAUCAGCAGCCUAUGAAAACAGCCUUAAAAAGUAAUUAGUCAUUUUUUUCAAAUGUUACUCUAAAUGUGUGGACACCAUGCAGACCACGUCUCCAAAAUCACCAUUUUACCCAACGUGAUAGAGAUAACAGACUGAAGGCCAUGCUACAGCUAGCUCACCGUCCAUUGGUCACAUGACAUCACGUUCAGUAGCUCCUCCAUUUCCACUCGCUGUUGUGUUUAGGUUUAUCUCCGUGGAAAUGCGGUUCCAAAGUGUAAUUACAGUGCAUGGCAGUGGACAAAUAGCUUUUGUUAUUAAACAUGAGGCGACGAAAAGAUGUGCGUCCGGAUGUGACUAAAAUUACCGGAGGACCACGGAGUUCAACGAAAAACAGUAGAUAAUUCAGCCUGUAAUUUUCUCAGAGGACACUGAGGAAAAAAACGCAUGCAUGGUCGUUCCGGAUGGGAAUAAAAUCACCCAUAAAGAGGACCCCCAUAAAAGAGAAAAUUACCUCAGAACCCCCUAAGAAACUAAUCCUGUCCGGAUAGGGCUAUUGAUGGUUACACCAUGUUUGAGACUGACAUAUACAUUUUUGUAUGUAAAAGGAGUAUAAAUGAGCCUAUAGUGCUAGGUACUAUUCACUGUUCAAACUUUAAAGAUUUUUUUAACUCAAUUAAUUCUGUAUUACAUACAGUACUUUUUAUUUGGUACGUACAUGUAAACAUCAUUACAGGGAAAUGUGACAGUAUAGGGAGUAACUUACUUUGUUGGGAAAAGUAGAAGAGCUAGUUUGUAAUAUUUUAAGGCACAUUUAGUCUUGGAAACAUUCUCUUUUUUCCAAGAGAUGUUUUCCAAUGGUUGUGAUUGGGUGAAGACAGUAUUGCUGUAGACACACACUGUAAGUAACUGUGGUGACUUUGUGUGUUUCUUUGACCGAGCUCCUUUUAUUUUUUUUUUAAAUAAGCAAACCACAGCAACCUCUGAGCUUCACUGUGAUUAAGGUCUACUCUAACCCUCCUUGAAGUGGCCGGCACACUUUGCUUGUACAUCAUUACCAUUAGCAUCCGCUUUCUGUGAAUUCCCUUCAGUAGAAUGGAUUUUGUUGCUAGCCUUCCCUUGUUUUUUACCACCUCAAGCACAAAUCGUUUGUUUCCUGGUUGUGUCUACCUCAGGUAUUCCCUACUUCCUGUAAGUGCGGUCAGUUGUACAAAUAACCUGGACACGUCUUUCUUCCUGUUUGAUUGAAUAUAUUAUAUUUAGGUACACUGGAAUUAUAAAACACACAUAUUUUUGUUUUUGUUUAUGUUGAUAUAUUCAACAACCUCAGUAUAUUUAUUUACAGAUUUAAAUGUUAUCACUGUUACUUGCUUAUGACACAUUAAUUUGAUACUAAAGGGCAUCAUUCAUAAGGCCUUUGUGACGACUGCCAUAAACCGACAUAAACCUACAUAAACAUUUAGGUGAAAUUGGUCGUAAAGGGUGUUUUUGUUGCAGUUGGUGUGAUUUCUUAGUAAGGUGUAAGCCUUAUAUUAUUGUUUAAAAGUUUGCCACAUAUCAUGGGACAGACUUUAGCUAUGUCCAGUGGAAGAUAAACACUGCUUGUGGGUCAUAGCAUUGAAUAUGUAUGUAAUUUCUGUUACAUAAAUCUUGCUUGUCUGCUCGCAUGGACAAUUCUAGCCAGAUGCCACCACUGAUGAUCAUUGCCACCUUCUGCGCAGUUUACUGUUUAAUGGCUUCUAUGACGUUGCUCAGUAUACAUUACUAGAAAAGUAUCUCAGUACUUUUAAACACACCAGGUGCAUCAUUUGACACAAAAAUCACACCUUGUCUGGCUGUGUAUUUUUAAAUCACUACAACUUAAAAUCAUGCUCAAAGCGUGAUAUCAAGGCACGUGCUUGUAAACAAUAUUUUGAAUCAUUGAUUCAAAUUGGCACUCCAUUCCUGAACUGAUUCACUUAAUAAGUCAACUCUACACUCAACCAAUCGUGUAAGUUCCUUAAAGCAUCCAAACACAACAAAAAUCACAUGAUAAUUCAGGAAUUAUCAGCAGAUUUAAAAAAGGAAAUGUCUCUCAGCUUUUAAAUGCCUUAUUUUCCGGUUUUCUCAGUUUUUCUUUUCUAGAGCUUUAAUUCCAAACAGGAGCAAGCGUGGUGGAGAUGAUGACAUCACUGCCUUUUUUUUAUAUAGAUUUUCUGGUUUGGAAGGGCUCUCCUCCCACAGACAAAGUUAACCAUCAAAGAAAUUCCAUAAACGUAUUAUGUUCCCUGUUUUCUUUUAAUAUUAUUUUUAAAAAAGUUUUUUAGUUAUAUUAUUCCAUUAAGUUCAGAUGUUUUAGGUUUUUGCCAUAGUAUUGUUUCAGUACCAGUAUUGAGAUACUUAGGCAGGUAUCAUAUCGAAAGUCAUAAUUUUGGUAACAUGAUGACACUACGAUACACACAACACUGAAAUUUAAUACAAUUAAAAUCCAUCCAUCUGGCAUCCAAAUUUGAUGAUUGACUUUGCCUUGCUAUGAGCACGAUGGCCAGUGUGCAUCUUUACUCACAAGAAAAGACCUCAAAACUAAUACAGUUGUGGGCAUUCCCAAACUAUCCCCUAAGUUAACAUUUAAUCAUUCAUUUACAUACUGCUAUCCCAUGACUUUUAAGAGUAUCAGUGUAUGUUUUGGUAUAAAAGCUAUAUGUAGGUCUUAUGUUGCCUCACAUGUAACUGAUACUGUAUUUAAAAGAUAUUACACUGUAACUUCAUCACACUGGUUAUUCAUGUUUGAAUUGUUUUAUUGUAAGCAAUAAGAGAUAUUUUGUAACCUUUUUUGUAUUUUGGCAUCACUCCAUGUAACUGUUAUUGGUACUGAUUUUGGCAAACCCACACAAACACUGCUUGAACUGUAUGAUUUCUGUGUGUUGAGCUACUGAAGGUAUUUGCAGUGCAUGACCUUUUUUUAAUAACAUUACUUUAUGUUUAGCAUUUUCUUUACGUUAUGUUUUAUUAUUUUCCUGGAGACACGGGUUUGUCUGCACACAUAGUAAGAAUUCAUGUGAAAUGAAUGAAGUUUAGCAUCACAUUCAUAUAUCAGCUUCACCCUCUGUUAGUGGUACAAUAUGGAGGAAUAUUAAUGGAAUAAUAAAACAUGGUCUGUCACUGGUUGGUUUGCUGCGUGUAAAUCCACGGUCAGUACAAUAUACUGUAUUUGUUAAUAAAUAGUGCAUGAACUGCACUUAAUCAAAUUCUUAACAGUG